AUGUUACACUCUUCGGCUGGGGGAAAAAAAAAUGAGAAGAAGCAGAGGAGGAGGAAACCUGGGGCUUCUUUUCUUCCGAGGCAUUUAACUGGGAGUUUAUGGAGGCUGCAGCUGUGGAAAAUGAAGAUCUCCUCUGUGGUCUUUGCUCUCCUGACCCAAGCUCUGUUUGGAGAUUUGUGUUUGGCCAUCAACGCCACCAUCACUCUCCCCUUCACGGUGGCCCAGGAGGGAGAGAACAUCACACUUACUUGUGUCGUUUCCCAGCGACGUCGCAACACCGCAUUACCUGUGGUUAAAUGGACCUUUCUGCCAGCGGGCACAGAUCAACCAGAGGAUGAGCUCCUCAUCGCCCGUGUCAAUAUGAGGAAGGCCCGUUUCUAUGGCAACUACACAAAAAGUUUCACAUGGCCCAAGAUGAAGCUGACGGUGGUGAAACAGGGGAAGAUCUUUGAGCUACUUAUCUUGAACGUGUCCGAGGGGGACCGGGGGCUGUACUUGUGCAGGGUGCAGGAGUUUAAAAAGCACCAGGACCGCUGGAAGGCCUUCAACUGCACUGCUGCUACUGAGCUCAGAGUUCAUGUCCUACCGACCACCAAGGCCAAGGAAAGCCUGUGGAGCUUGUUUGAAGACGUGUACCUGUGUGCAGUGCUGAUCUGCUCAGUGGGUCUGCUGUGCAUGUGCAUGUUCACCGUGACAGUAACCUGCCAGUACAUCCAGAGGAAGCAGAGGCUUAAAGAUAAUUACCACUUGGUCAAAAGCCCGCAAAACAGCUCUGGAGAAACAGUCACCAGUGUGAUCAGUGUGUCUCCUGCUCUGCCUAAGAAGGAGAGGAGGUACAGGAAGAAAAGGAGCAGAGACUACCAAGAGGAGAUACCACCAGAGAUACCAGCAAAAGCUCCCAUUGGAGACAAAACACACAAACCCAAACUUUUAAAACCUCAACCAAGAAAAGUAGUGCUGCCGAGGAUAGUGGAGGAGAACCUGACCUACGCAGAGCUGGAUCUGGUGAAGCCAAUUCCAGAGACGAAGGCGUCACGGAGCGGCACAGUGUAUGCCCAGAUACUGUUUGAGGAACAGCAACUAUGAGAGAGACACACACACCACUAGUAUCUGUGCCUUAUGAAAAAAAAAAAAAAAACAAACAAAAAAAAGUAUUUUCUAUUUAUAGUCUGUAUUGUUUGUAUUCAAAUGGUUUGUGAAGGGAAAAUGCCUCAAAAUUAUGACAAAAUUGUACAUAUGAUUUUAUAUGAAUUAUUGUGGAACUUUUUGUGAGACCACAAUGCAAAAGGACAUUUUUGUAAUACUGGACUUUUUUUCUUCUUUUGUACCCAUGUUUGAAUCCUGGGUAGCCUAAACUGGGAACACAAUAGAAGACUUCUGUGCUGAUUUAGACCUGAUUCGUCUCUCAUGACAAUCGGAAGGGAAACUGGAGGUUUGGACUUGGAGGUGUUAGCGAGUGAAUAAUGUGCUGUGGUGUCAGGUUGACAUGAAACCUGGGAAUCUUGGGAAAUGUUGUUUCAUGCUAAGAGUUUGACAAGGUUGAUACCAAUCUCUCGUGUCAAGCAAACUUUGCUCUGUCCACCUUCAUUGUAGAAUUCAUUGGAAACAAGGUUUCGUGAUUCAUGUGUGUAACAUACACUAUUUCAUAGUUUUUAGUCACUGUAUGGGGAGAUGGGCCGGACAGGGUUUGGCCUUCUGUUUUUGCAGAGUAAUGAGCACAGAAACACCACCAGUUACUUGAGUUUUGCUGUCUUUCAGGCUGGUCCUGUUCUCUCUCUGCCUUCAGGUCUCAUUUUCUGUCUGAUUUAGCUGCUGAUCGCCAAAGGCAAGUUUUAGAAAAGCCAUUUUCACACCAUUAAACCCUCCAGCAUAUACUGGGAGUGCCCCAUUCAAACACAGUGGUGAGGUUUUCUACAGAAAGUCAUCUUGUGCAUAAGCCCAUGUUACAAAAAUUGGGAGGUACUUCACCAGCCAGGACUACACCAACAGUAAUUAUGCCACUUUUGGCUUGUGGUGCCAGGUGUUAGGGGCUACAUUUGCCAUCCAAAGACAUCUGCUAGUCCCCGAUUUUGUUCUAAAACACAUUCCUCGUUUGAGUGUGGGUCUGGCUGAGGCUCAGACCGUUCUGGCUCAAUCUCUCCAUUGUUUUCCUCUUGAGCUGAAUUUGCAAGCUUUCGCAUUUGCACGAGGACAGUGGACAUGCACGGCGUUCUGUCUUGAUCCACACUGCUGUGUUCCCUGCCAAAGCUGCAGCAGUCAGCAAGGCGCAAUGCAAAUCCAGAAUUUCUCUGCUUGCUAAUGUCACACUCAAAUGUAGCAACAUGAGUGCAGUAUCAGUCUUCUUAUCCAAGCUUUAUCCCAAAACCUCAAACUGUUCCUUUGAAUUCAUUAAUGCAAAGUGAGCAGAUUUAUGAAGGAGAGAAAAAGUAAAUUAAAGGCAUCUGUUAUUAUGAAUGUGAACCCAUAGCCCACCCUUAUCAAAUGUGAUUUACUUCCUAGUGUUCCCAGCUUUAUCUCCCUCCCAGCAUCGGUCUGCAGUCUGUUUUUGUGCAUCAAGCUGCAGUUUAGAAUGACCACAGCUCCGAGGGAAAUACUUAAGACCGCCCAAUUCUUUUCAUCUGGUGCCAACAUCAACUUAACAGGCUGUUAGCAACUCAUGCACUCACAUAUACAUACAUACAUACAAGGGUGGAGUUACAUGACGGCUAACCACCCUCACUGGCUGACAUACACAGACACACUGUAAAUUCACAAGGCUGCAAACAGUUGUGACACCUGAUCCGCGAUCGGGGUCAGGCUAAGAGCCGUGUUUCAGCUGUUUCACAUUAACGCCAGUCACGGAUUACUUUAAAUCUUGAGGUGAUUUUGCUGUUUAAGAUAAGAACCAAAGGCCAUCUUGGCCACGAUCCCACAUACCUACACUAAGGUUUCCCUGCCUUCUCAUUUUCCAUGAAUCUGAGUGUUAAAGUGCUUUGGACUUUCUUUUUUUCCAACUUAAUGAUCCUCUGGACUCAGGCAUGGAAAAGCAAAGGAGAGCUUUUUUAAACAGUGAACUUGAAACCCAGACACAAAGGCACCAGAUCCCUCCCUUCCCCCAAGACUUCCACUAUCUUAUGUCGAGUUCUCCAUGCAUAUGGAGUACUAGUCUCGCUUUUCGCCACACGCCUUCUGAACUCCAUCUCAAAGUGGCGUUUUGCUCCAUUUCCUGCAAUCAAAGGUCAGCUACGCCAGCUUUUUACCAGCAGUUUGAGAUUAGAGUCCUGGAUGGCGACUGGACAUUUAAAGAUUAAGUUGUAUGUGAUAUUCACAUUAAAAAAUUUCUAACCACUUUCUGAUAAACUGUACAGCUAGUCAGACAAACAUCCAGAGAAACUCACUUACCGGAGUCGCUGUGCCAAUUAAAAACAAUUCCUGUACGAUUUCUACCUACCACUGCAAAUGUACAACACAUUCCUGAGGCAAGCUGGUGCUUAUAGACUUGGACAUGUUUUCUUUCCUUGGCUGUAUAUUGCAUUACUAUGUAAACCACUGCUGACCUCUACUUUUGUUAGCGCUCCAAUUUUCCCAUCGCUGUCCUCUAAUGUUCGUUUCAGUUGCACAGCGAGCGUUAUCCCUGUUUAAAUGAAAUGGCUGAAAGUGACCUUUCAGCGGUGAGUGGAAGUGUCUUAAAAAUGCCCCUAGACUGUGAAAUGUAAAGUUUCUUCCAGACCACAUUGUCCUUAACAGGAGUUUGCUAACUAGAACCAUGUGUGUGAACUGUGCCUCUGUGCUCUCCCCCUCCCUCUUCCCUCUCUGCCCACCGCUGACCUCUCCAUUUCAAGCAUUUCUGCUCAUGUUCAUUUUGUACAUUUCAGCUGUAA